AUGACACCAACUGAAGAUAUGGAAGCUCAUUCGAAUGACACUGCACACACAUCCACGUGCAAGGAUGUCGAUCACUUUGGACACAAUCUCACGCUGAAGGAAUCAUAUUCGCAAGGCUUAGACUGGGAUAAUGAUCCAGUCAACCCCUACAACUGGUCACUUGCACACAAGUUCUUACAGGUCGUUAUGAUUUCAUCCGCAGGUUUGACAGCGUCCCUGGGCGUCUCGAUAGUGAGUCCCGCCCACCAGGAGCUGAUGAAAGAGUUCGGCGUAAGCAGCACCCAGGCAGUCUUGCCCUUGUCGCUCUAUGUCUGGGCCCUCGGCUUAGGCCCUAUCGUCGGAGGUCCACUUUCUGAAACGGUCGGGAGAUACCCAGUCUUCAUCGGCGCGAUGCUGUUCGGGGCUCUUUUCACUAUGGGGGCUGGUUUCUGCCAUUCAUUCGCCGGUGUGUGCAUCUUGCGCUUUCUGGCAGGGUUCUGUUAUGGGCCGACGCUGUCGAUCUCUGCUGGAACAAUCAACGAGACAUUUCGACCUCCGGACCGAGCGAUUCCAGCAACUCUGUUCAUCUUGAUGCCCUUUUUAGGGCCUGGACUCGGGUUUGUAUUGCCAAGCUAG